UUUAUUUGUGAAUUAUUUUAUUAUAAUAAAUUGUCAUGAAUUUAACAGUCUUUAGAAAUAUAUCUAAAUUAAUUUCAAAAAAUAUUCAACUAUGUAAAAAAAAUUAUAUUACUUCAAUUUCAACGCACAAUCGCAAUGCAUUAAAGACUUCUCCCUCCCUUCUUCAACCAACCAACGUAUACACAUCGUUACUCCAUGAAUCUGGUUUUACCAGAAUCAUUCCAUGGCAGAGGGGUUCAACACGUCACCUUGAAACAUCAGCAACAGCAGCAGCAACAAUCGUCCAACCAAAGAAGAAAAAAAUGACAAAACUAACUGAAGCUGAACGUGCCACAACACUCCAACCUCUGCUCGAUGCCGGCUGGACCAUGGUUGCUGGACGAGAUGCCAUCUACAAGGAAUAUCUCUUUGCUGAUUUUACUCAAGCAUUUAGCUUCAUGACUGCAGUUGCUCUGCUGGCAGAGAAAACAAAUCAUCAUCCAGAAUGGUUCAAUGUUUACAACAAAGUUCAAGUUACAAUGUCAACUCAUGAUGUCGGUGGUUUAAGUGCCAAAGACAUUAGAGCUGCCAAUUUCAUGGAGUCCCAGGCAAAGAAACUAUUGUAAAGCAAUGAAACAAUGUGCUCAAAUAUAUUUAAAUAUAUUUAUUUAAGAAUAAUAAUAAAAA